CCUCCCUCCCCCCCAUGUCCCACUCCUCGCCCACACCAACAAUGCACGACGUACACGACGAAGCGCGCGACAAAGUGCCCGACUUUGGCAUCCCCCCCUCGCGCGCCACCUCCCCCGCCUCCCCCGUCGUGCGCCCCGGCCUCAAUCGCACAGUCACGUCCGGCACGCGCGCCAGCCGUCUCUCCCGCAUCUCGUCCAAGCUCCCGAACCCCGAGCGCGCCGCCGCACUAGGCCCCGUCGCCCCGCCACCGCCGCCCCCGCAUCUCACCAAGUAUGCGUAUCACUUCUUUUCGCCCGAGAUCAAGUUCUUCCGCGCGCUCGUCGUCAAGAUUCUCGGCAUGAUGGUCGUGCUGACCACCGUCAUCAUGUGGCUUGCCGCGCCCUUCUACUGGGGUUCCCUCUGGAAGGCCAAUCACUACACCGACAAGCUGACGGUGCGCGUGAUCGACCGGGACGGCGGCGACGUCGGGGCCGGCGUGACCUCGUUCCUGCUGUCGCAGCGCAAAAAGGGCGGGCUCGGCUACUUUGUCACCUCGCCGUCCGAGUUCCCCACCGACGCCGAGCUGUAUCACGACAUCGUGCAAGAGGGCGCCUGGGGCGCCGUAGUGAUCAACGCGGGGGCGACGGACAACCUCGCGCGCGCACGCGCCUCGGCGAACGCAUCGUACGACGGCCGCGAUGCCAUCCAGCUCGUGUACGCGCAAGCGCGCAACGAGAUUGCGACAGGCUCGUACAUGGUGCCGCUGGCGACGGCGCACCUGUCGCAGAUCACGGCGCAGCUCGGCGCGCGCAGCGUCGCCUCCUUCCUGUCUACGGCGGACGCGGCGGCGCUCGCCCGCCUCGCGGACGCGCCGGGCACACUCGCUGCGCCCCUCGGAUUCCGCCCCGUCAACCUCCGCCCGUACGACCAGCCGGUCGCGCAGGCCAUCACGCUCGUCGGCCUCAUCUACAUGCUCAUUUUCAGCUUUAUCUGUACGAUGGCGAACAACGGCGCGCGCGAAAUCAUCUCGCCGUACCUCACGAACCGCGCGUACAUCGCGUACCGCCUCAUCUCGCCUUUCGUCCUCUACUUCCCGCUGAGCUUUGCGUUCUCGCUCAUCAACCUCCCGUUCAAGCUCUCGUUCGGCGCCAACUCAAACUUUACGUACGCCGGCGCGUUCUUCUGCUUCUGGUUCCUCAUGUUCCUCGGCAUGGCGAGCGUCGGCCUCGCGACAGAAGUGUUCAUCACGCUCGUCGGGCCGAAAUUCGUCUCGUUCACCCUCAUCCCCCUCAUCAUCGUCAACGUGUCCGUCGCCGCGCUGCCCUACGAGCUCCAGCCGUGGAUAUACCGCUACGGCGUCGCGAUGCCGUUCAACAACGCCAACCACGCCAUCCGCUUUCUUAUUUUCGGCACGAGGAACGAGCUCGGCAGGAACUUUGGCAUUCUCCUCGCGUGGAUCGUCGUGAGCAUGGUCAACAUUGCGCUCGCGACGUACUUUUUCCGCCGGAAAGCGGUGAACGAGCACGCGAAGCAAGUGGGCGAGCGGGAGAAGGACACGGCGCUGCCGGACGGCCGUAUUGUGUGAGCGCCGCGGAAGCUGCAGGACGCGCUCGAGCGCGAGCGCGAGGCAUAUUUCAACGCCGAGGACCUAGACAACUGUACCCGAAUAUUCUGUAUCGCAGUAUACUUUGAUGUAAUCAGCACUGUUUCAUCUCUAGAUGCGGCACGCGGAUCCGGCU